CCUAUGCAGCCCCAGCGAGACUCCAGCCCCAGGCCAUGAACGCGAGCGGCGGGGGCGAGGGCUUUCCCGGCUCCGUCCAGUUCCCUGGCACUACUGUCUUAGUGGAGCUAACCCCCGAUAUUCACAUCUGUGGCAUUUGCAAGCAGCAGUUUAAUAACCUGGAUGCCUUUGUAGCCCAUAAGCAGAGUGGUUGUCAGCUGACCAGCACUGCCCCUGGUGCUCCCAGCACAGUUCAGUUUGUGUCAGAGGAAACAGUGCCAGUUACCCAGACUCAGACCACCACAAGAACCAUCACUUCAGAGACCCAGACCAUCACAGUUUCAGCUCCAGAAUUUGUUUUUGAACAUGGUUACCAAACCUACUUGCCCACAGACAGCAAUGAUACACAGACUGCCACAGUCAUCUCAGUUCCUCCCAAGUCACGGCCUCGAAAGCCUGCAACUUCACCUGCACAGAAGAAACUUAACUGUUGCUAUCCAGGUUGCCAGUUCAAGACAGCAUAUGGUAUGAAAGACAUGGAACGUCAUUUAAGAACUCACACAGGAGACAAGCCCCACAAGUGUGAGGUCUGUAGCAAGUGCUUCAGCCGGAAAGAUAAACUGAAGAUGCACAUGCGAUCCCACACGGGUGUGAAGCCUUAUAAGUGUAAGAGCUGCGACUAUGCUGCUGCAGACAGCAGCAGCUUGAACAAACACCAACGGAUACACUCUAACGAGCGUCCUUUCAAAUGCCAGAUCUGUCCGUAUGCCAGCAGGAACUCCAGCCAGCUGACGGUGCACCUCCGAUCCCACACUGGGGAUGCCCCCUUCCAGUGCCAGAUGUGCAGCGCCAAAUUCAAAAUCAACUCGGACCUGAAAAGGCACCUGCGCGUGCACUCGGGGGAGAAGCCUUACAAGUGUGAGUUCUGCGAGGUCCGCUGUGCCAUGAAAGGGAACCUCAAGUCCCACAUCCGAAUCAAGCACAAUGCAGACAACACCUUCAAGUGCUCCGAGUGUGACUUCCAGUGCGGGAACAAGACCAGCCUGCGGCACCACACACGGACCCACCAGCCCGAGCAGCCCGUGAAGUGCCCAGAGUGCAGCUACUCCUGUGCGCACAAAGCCGCACUCAAGGUCCAUGAGCGCAUCCAUGGCCAGGAGCGGCCUUUCAAGUGCGAGCUCUGCAGCUUCGACACCAAGCAGCGCAGCAACCUCACCACGCACGUGAAGAAGGUGCAUGGCGACAAGGUCAAGAGCAAGAAGCAGACCCUGGAGAAAAAAGGCGGGGCAGGGGGGGCAGCGGCGGGCGCUGGGGGCGACCGGCCCAAAGCCGGCGGCUCCCGCCAGGUGGCCAAACUGGACGCCAAGAAGGCUUUUCAGUGCGACGCUUGUGAGGCCUCCUUUGUGAGGGAAGAUUCCCUCCGGAGCCACCGCAAACAGCACAGUGAGUACAGCGGAAAUAAGAACGCCGAGCUGGCCGUCUUGCAGCUGCAGAUGGAGCCUGGCCGGCAGGUGGGCCCACCUCUGACGGUCAGUCCCCUCCAGGUGCCCCUCCAACCAAGCCAGCUCCCCCAGUUCAGCGAAGGAAGGGUCAAGAUCAUCGUGGGUCACCAGGUACCGCAGACAAACGCCAUCGUCCAGGCAACGUCGGUGAACAUCGUGCCUCCGGCUCUAGUUGGCCAAGGUCAGGAAGAGCUCCCGGCCAAUAACCGGCUGCAGAUUCUGCGCCAGGUCAGUUUGAUUGCCCCAUCCCAGCCGUCUGUGUGUCAGAACGAGGCCGGGCCCAUGGGCCAAUCGGCAGUUCUGCUCACGGCCCACGAUCAGACGGAAGGGCCAGCUUUGCACCAGACUCUGAUUCCUGCCCCUUCGGGCAGUAACCACGAAGGCCCGGCCAACCAGACUUUCAUCACAAGCUCGGGCAUUAGCUGCUCUGACUUGGAAGGCCUCAAUGCUUUGAUUCAGGAAGGGGCAACCGAAGUGACUGUGGUCAGUGACGGAGGCCAAAAUAUCACGGUAUCGACUGCUGCCCCUCCCAUCUUCUCCUCUUCUUCCCACCCAGAACUACCUAAACAGACAUAUUCCAUCAUUCAGGGUGGGGCCCACCCAGCUUUGCUCUGCCCUGCAGAUUCCAUACCAGAUUAGCUUUUUAAAAAAUGUCUUCCCUUCAAAAUGAUCUCUUUCACCUGUUUAAAACACAUCAGUAGAAUUCUGUGAAGUUUUCUCAAGAUGAUUUAAGUACUUCCAGGUUGGGUCCUUGAAAAAUAAGUUAUAAUUUUGUACUGUCAUAUGAUCAUUUUUUUCACAUUGGAAAAACCAUGAAAGCAGAUUAUUUCUGAAAUGCGGUAUCAUAAUCACUAUAUAUUAAAUGUUUCCAAGAGGCUGCUGAUUAGAUGAAGAAGAAAUAAUUAAAAUGUGCUAAGCAAUACAAAAUGCAAAUAUUUUUUGGCUUCCUUUCUUAUAUGUAUGUCUUUUGUCUUCAUUAGCUGGAUGACAGGCUUGUUUCUGGCCCCUUCCUGGAAUUCAUGGAAAUUGUUCAGCACUUCAUUAGAGUUCCAGGUACAGGGAAGAAAUUAUUUUCCUUCAAGUCUGAUUUUUUAACAUAAAAGUCAAAAUCCAAAGAAGCAAAAUAUUGUUUAUUUUUCUUAUGGAGCUCUUUUUCUAAAAUCUAACCAGUCCAUGACCUACUAAUUCUGGUUUAUAUACUUUUCUGAUUUUACAUAUGAUCCUGGCAUAUGAAAGGUUAUGUAUAUAUUAAUUCAAUUAAUGGUCUUCUUACCCUGACAGCACUAAUUGGGACUUUCUUUGCAUUUUACCCUAUCCUAGUUCUUGCUUGGGAUAUCCUCCUCCACCUUACUCCCAUCUCCACUUCAGAUCUCCCUGUAUUAAGACCCAGCCAUAGGCCUUUGUGUAAUUUUGUCUUGCCCCAGGAUGUCUACUGAGGGAAGGGAUAAGAUGGGAAAAAUCCAUGUUUGCCUAUUCUACUUCCCCACAGCAGCACUUCAAUUGUCAUUUCUAUUCAGAUGCUUCAUCCCACUCCCCACCCUGAUCUGCUUCUGCUCCUAUAAGAAAAUAUAUCAGAGUGUUGUUCUAAAGACUCAGCAUUAGACUUGCCAUUUAAAAAGUUGCAGCUGUCCUUCCCUACAGAGUCAAAAUGAAAAUUAGGGCAAGGGGAAGAGUUAUAGUUAAAGAAGACUUUUUGAUAUUUUAGGCUUUUUAAAAAAAAAAUUUUAUCAUAUAUAAAUGUUAAAUUUAUUGAAAAGACUUUUGUAUAUGAGUUAAUUUAAGUUGAUGAUGCUAAGCAUAAUAUAAUCCACUUCCUGGAAAACAGAAGAUUUUAAUGUAAAUAAAUAUUAGAACCGAAUAAUGUAUUAGGCUAUGCCCAUAAAAAAUUUUUUUUAUUGUGAACUUAAUCAUCAGCAAAUUUGAAUGUUUCAAGAUACAAAAAAAAAAGAAAGGAAAAUUGUAUUUAAAUCUGGACUUCUGUUUUAUAUGGAUUUUUUUUAAUGCCUAUUAAAUUUAACAGGAACAAAAUUGUCCUGCUUGUCUGUGUCCCCUUCUGAACUUCGUUCUAUUCUGUGCAUUUUUAAAUAUUUCAUUGAUGUUCCUUUCUUUUUCUUUUUUGUUUCACUAUCACAGCCUUUGAAAGAAAAUUGUUGCAUAAAUGUUGUGUUCCCCUCAUUCCCUAGGAGAAUGUAAACUCUUUGAGGACUUGAAAAAAUUGAUCUGGUUUUGUUGUCUUUGGGUUCCCAGAUGUAGUACAGAGCCAUACACCUGAUAGCACUUAAUAAAAGUUUUUAGAAUA